AUGGUGCUGCCCUGGGCCCUAGCAGUCCUGAGCCUCCUUCCUCUGCUGGACGCCCAGGACAUAGCAUGUGCCAAUCUGAAGGCUGCGCCUAUCACCAAUGACACCCUGGAGCGGAUAUCAGGCAAAUGGUUUUACAUCGCCUCGGCCUUACGUAAUCCCCAAUACAAGGAAUCAUCGAGAGAGAUCCAGGCGACCUUCUUUCAUGUUACCCCCAACAUGACAGAGGAUGUGAUAUUGAUCAAGGAGUACCAGACCAUCCGGGGCCAGUGCAUCUAUAACUCUAGCUACUUGAAGGUCCAUCGGGAGAACGGGACCCUCUCCAGAUAUGAAUGGGGCAUAGAACAUUUUGCCCACCUGCUGCUCACCAAGGACCCCAAGACCUACAUGUUUUCCUUCUUCCCAGAAGACGAAUUGAACCGGGGGCUGGUCUUCUAUGCUAACAAGCCGGAGGUGUCUGAGGAACAGCUAAGAGAGUUCUAUGAUGCCCUCAAAUGCAUGGACCUGCAGGAGACAGAAAUCCUAUACUCUGAUGGGAAAAAGGAUCUGUGUGGACCACUGGAGAAGCAGCAUGAGGAAGCGAUAAAGAAGAGGAAAAAGGGGUCCUCAGUGGACCCAGUCUUGGCUUAG